AUGAGCCCCAGAGAUGUAUUGAUACACCUGGACUGGCCCCUGCACUUGGUUGUAGAGUGUCCGGAGUACUUGGAUCUUCGCCCAUACAUGUCUCAGGCAGAUGGAGAAGCACUCCUCUACUCCUUAUAUGCUGUCCUGGUGCACAGUGGUGUCAGCUGUCAUGGAGGACACUAUUUCUGCUACACAAAGGCCAGCAAUGGAUUGUGGUACCGGAUGGACGAUGAAUCUGUGGAGCUGUGUUCCAUUGACACAGUUCUCAGGCAGCAAGCCUACCUGCUGUUCUAUGCCAGAUGCUCGGAUCUGAGAAUUGGAGAAAGGGCUUCUUCCUCACUGGCACCAUCACAUGCCCCUUCCUUCCUCAGUCAGUGUGUGGCCAGCAGCAAGCAGGCGGGCUCUGUUGGACCACAGGGUCUGACUGGUAGGACUAAGGGCAUGAAGGACACUGGCAGGGAGCGGUCCCGGAGCAGAUCCCCUCUGUGGGGCAGGGAUCUCCGCAGCUGGUCUGUGGACACCACAGACUAUGAUGACUCUUCAGAGAGAAGAACUGGUCCUCCAAGUCGUGACCGUGGUCCUAGGGAUAGCACAGCUGCAAGGCCUUCCAAGAGGAUCUGCCGGUGGGCUCCCGCUCCCAGGGCUGCUCAGGAGCAAACCUUGCUGAGGCAGAGGGAGCCAAGCAGAUCUGUGCGGGGAACUUACAACCUUUGCAGGAAGGACACUGGCAGGGAGCGGUCCCGGAGCAGAUCCCCUCUGUGGGGCAGGGAUCUCCGCAGCUGGUCUGUGGACACCACAGACUAUGAUGACUCUUCAGAGAGAAGAACUGGUCCUCCAAGUCGUGACCGUGGUCCUAGGGAUAGCACAGCUGCAAGGCCUUCCAAGAGGAUCUGCCGGUGGGCUCCCGCUCCCAGGGCUGCUCAGGAGCAAACCUUGCUGAGGCAGAGGGAGCCAAGCAGAUCUGUGCAGGGAACUUACAACCUUCGCAGCCGGUUUGUGCUGUACACAGACUAUGACCGCUCACUGCGGAAGAGAAAGAGGCAGAGAACAAGUCCUCCACGUUGUGACCAAGUCUUAGUGAAUACUGCAGUUCCAGGGCCCUCCAAAGCCAGCUCCAAGCAGGCUCUCAUGCUCCGGGCUGCUCAGGAGCAAACCCGACAGAGGCAGAGAGAGCAGAGAAGAUCAACAUGGCGGGGCUAUGAUCGCCACAGCCAGUUUGGGCAGCACACAGACUACCGCCCUUCAGAGAAGAAGAGGAGGGUUUCCACGCCCCAGAGAUUCACGUCAGACAAGCAUUCAGGGCACUCUGGCAAUGAUGGCGUUGGAUUAUGGCCCUGGCUCAAGCAGAACGGAAGACUAGCACUGCGUUUAUUAGCCAAGGCAUCCUUGUUUUCGACACGCCUACUCAAACCUGAGUGA